AUGGUCAGCUUCUGCACGCGACAGCGGAGAACAGCCUGGGUCUCACAUCCGAACCACGCUCGGACCCUUGGAUUCCACGUUUCUGGGAUAGAGGCUGUGAUGGGGAUGGCUCUGUGGGUGAAAGGGGUCGUUCUUUUGACCUGCCUCGAAAGCUAUGUCUCUUCCAGUCCGAUCCUGAAUGGGACGAUGAAAGAAGUCAUCUCACAGCUUCAUUCUCUAAACAAAAACCCCAAACAGAUAUCCUGCAAUUCAAGUAUGGUGUGGCAAGUCGACUUUGAAAAAGAAAAGCUCUGUGCAGCAUUGGAGGUCCUAAAUAACAUUACCGACUGCCAGGAAAUCCAACCGCUGAAAAGAAACAUGCAGUUUCUCCUGGGCAACAGCACUAGGAAUGAAACUUGCCUCAAGGUUCAAGACACCAAGAUCCAGCUGAGUAGGUUCCUGAAAGAGCUCCUAAAUACUUUGUUGAGAAAUAAUAGAAUUAAAGGAAUAGUCAAACAAAGUCUGGGAGACUUUACCCAAAGAUGA